AUGACCUAUCCAAACGACGACGACGCCAUUCUCUACCUUUUCACCUUGAUCGUCAAACGGCACGGCUGGACCUUCAUCGACUCCCUCGUCUCGCAAAACGUAACCUGGCUCCGGGGAACCGGAACCCCCUCCGAACUCAUCGCCAAACCGAUCUCACAAAACGAGCUCGCUGCAUCCUUCGCUGCAUCCCCGUCCGCCGCAGCCGUAAUCUUAACUAAACUGCCCACUGAAGACCACUACGUCACUUGGCCACAAACCGCCGCCAUCUUUGCAACCACGAAGAUGCCGGAAACUGCCAAGCUCUUCAUGAGUUAUAUCAUGAGCGACGAAUGGCAAGCGGAUGGCUUUCCGUCGAGCGGAUACGCAACGAGGAAACAAUUUGAUACGGAUGGGGUUUUGAAUCAGACGCUUACGAACCCUCUUGGGUUUGUGACGUUUAUGCAGGAUCGCGCGAAUGUGGAGAGGUGGAGGUUCCAGUUCGAGACUACGUUGGGAACCCCACAGGGAGACCAUAAUCCAUGGCAGUCCCUAACACAACGGGACGAAAACACCGUGUCCUUACCAAGUCCUUACUCAAACUCAUCACUCAAUCCGCGACAGUGGUGGGAACGGAUUGAUCAAUAUCAGGUUUCCUCAGGCUCCUUCCAGUACUUCAAACCAACAUGCAGAUGGCCGUGGAAUAGCAGAGGCUUUAUCUAUCAGAUUUUACGUGCACUGCUUACUCCAGGGCCGAAAAUGAGGUUAGCUUAA